AUAACUGUUACUGUUAUCAACAAUUCUUUGAAUCUUCGUUUAUGGACCAUAAAUGAUUACGAAUUCAGCAUAUCUCUCCGCAGUUCUGUUGGUAUCAGAAAAUGAAUGGAAGCAGCACAGUCUUGAACACGCUAAGAUUGAAGAACCCCAAACUUCUGUUGCUUGAAUCCUGCUCCACCUUCUCCGACCUCAAGAUCAUCCAUGGCUACAUGGUCAGAACCCACACCAUCUCUGAUGUCUUCUCCGUCAGUCGUUUGAUCGCCUUCUGCACCGACCACCCUGCAUUCAAACCGAGCUUGCUAGAUUACGCUUUACGCCUCUUUUCCCAAAUCCAAGCCCCCAAUCUGUUCAUCUACAACGCCUUGAUUCGGGGGUUUUCAGCAAGCGAAAACCCACAUUUGUGUUUCCAUUUCUACACCCAGUUGCUUUGCGCUGACAUUCUUCCUGAUAAUCUCAGCUUCCCCUUUUUGGUGAAGGCGUGUGCUGCGUUGGAAUCCAUCCAUAGGGGGACUCAAGUUCAUGCGCAGAUAAUCAAGCAUGGAUUCGAAAACAAUGGUUAUGUGCAAAAUUCUCUGGUUCAUAUGUAUGCUACAUGUGGGGAUAUAAACGCAGCGAGCAGUAUUUUCCGGCGAAUGAAUUCUUUGGAUGUGGUUUCCUGGACUUCGAUGAUCGCAGGCUUCAACAAGUGCGGGGAUGUUGAAUCUGCACGCAACCUGUUCGACGAAAUGCCUGAGAGAAACUUGGUUACUUGGAGUAUAAUGAUCAGCGGCUAUGCCAGGAAUAAUCAUUUUGAUAAAGCUCUGGAAUUGUUUCAGAUCCUUCAAGAGCAAGGUGUGAGGGCAAAUGAGACGGUCAUGGUGGGUGUGAUAUCCUCCUGUGCUCAUCUAGGUGCUCUGGAAAUCGGAGAAAGAGCUCACAAUUACCUUGUUAGGAACAGUUUGGAGGUGAAUAUGAUUCUCGGAACAGCUCUGGUGGACAUGUAUGCGAAAUGUGGAAGCAUUGAAAAAGCUAUCCAGGUGUUCGGAGAAAUACCUGAGAAGGAUGCUUUGAGCUGGACUGCUCUCAUUUCUGGGCUCGCUAUGCAUGGCUAUGCAGAAAGAGCACUCCAUUACUUCUCAGAGAUGGUAAACUCAGGACUAACCCCAAGAGAUAUCACCUUCACAGCAGUGUUAUCUGCUUGCAGCCACGGAGGAUUGGUAGAAAGAGGAUUAGAAAUCUUUGAGACAAUGAGGAAAGAAUACAGUAUUGAGCCUCGAUUAGAACAUUAUGGAUGUGUGGUGGAUUUACUUGGACGAGCAGGGAAGUUAACCGAAGCUGAGAAGUUUGUCCAGGAAAUGCCAGUGAAGCCUAAUGCUCCCAUUUGGGGGGCUCUUCUUGGUGCUUGCCGGAUUCACAAGAACGCAGAAAUCGCAGAACGAGUAGGAAAAACUCUUAUCAAGCUGUUGCCAGAGCACAGUGGCUACUACGUUCUGCUCUCAAACAUCUACGCACGCACUGGGAAGUGGGAAAAUGUUGAAGGUAUGAGGCAGAUGAUGAAGAACAAAGGAGUUCGAAAACCACCGGGGUACAGUCUGAUUGAGGUAGAUGGGAAGGUUCAUAAUUUUACCAUGGGGGACAGAACACACCCUGAGAUAGAGAUGAUUGAGAGAACCUGGGAAGACAUACUGAGGAAGAUAAGAUUAGCAGGAUAUAGGGGGAAUACAGAUGAUGCACUGUUUGACAUAGAUGAGGAGGAGAAAGAAAGUACACUUCACCGGCAUAGUGAGAAGCUUGCUAUUGCUUUUGGGAUUAUGAAAACAAAGGCUCCGGUGCCAAUCCGGAUAGUGAAGAACUUGAGGGUGUGUGAAGAUUGCCAUACUGCUACCAAGCUGAUCUCGAAGGUUUUCGACCGGGAGUUGAUUGUGAGGGACCGAAACCGGUUCCACCAUUUUAGAGAAGGUUUCUGUUCAUGUAAGGAUUACUGGUGAGAAAACCUGAAUACCAAUAACAAAGAUGAUACAUAAAAGUUACAGUUUCACUUAUAAAUUUAUAAAAAUAUCAUUAAUGAAACUAGAGUCUAGAACAUCCAAGUGCAACCAUGGUGCUGAUUUAAUGGCUGAAAUGGGGCAUAGCUUGCCGUUGGGUACCACAGGUUUAGCACUCAUCCACCUGGUCUUCGCUCCUUU